UCUUACGCCCCACAUGGCUAUAAAACGUCGGCCGCAUCUCCAAUUGUUGACAUACGACUCUAGCUACCCAGCUCAACAGGCAGGCAAAGAGACCGUGAUUGCUCUAGUUGGAAAGACUGUACCUGGGAAAAACUUGACAGCACUCCAAAACCAAAACAUGACUGAACAAAAUAAAGAGGUCCGGAUUGUUCUGGUUGGGAGGAUUGGAUCUGGGAAGAGCGCAACAGGAAACGUCAUCCUGGGGAGAAAAGCUUUUGAUUCCAAACUGUCCUGUAUUUCUGUGACAUCAUCAAGUAAAAAGAAAAGAGGAAAUGUGGGAGGUCAAAGCGUCGCUGUUAUCGACACACCAGGCUUGUUUGACACCAAGUUAACUCAGGAGGAGGCACAGAAAGAGAUCUCACAGUGCCUGCUUUUCUCUGCUCCCGGUCCCCAUGUGUUCCUGGUUGUGCUCAAGCUGGGAGGAUUCACUGAAGAGCAGCAGGAAAUUGUGAAGAUGAUUCAGAAAUUAUUUGGUGAUGAAGCAUCGAAAUACACCAUGGUUGUCUUCACACAUGGAGACCUUCUUGAUGAUGGAACAAUUGAAGACUUCCUGCAUGAAAAUCCCAAACUGGAAAGUUUCAUUGCCAAAUGUAAUGGGGGAUAUCAUGUCUUAAAAAACAAGGAUCAGAAUCCCUCCCAGGUCACUGAGCUGCUUGAGACGAUAAACAAGAUGGUGAAGAUGAAUGGAGGAAGCCAUUACACAACUGAGAUGUUCCAGGAGGUUGAGAGAGCGAUUGAAGAGGAGAAGAACAGGAUCCUGAGAGAGAAUGGAGAGAAGAUACACAAAGAGAUGGAAGAACUGAAGGCAACGUUUGUAGGAGCGUGUCCAAGAGAAGAACAAGAGAAGCUGAAGAUAAAACAGGAAAGAGAAGCUAGAAAGAAAGCUGAGAAUUUUAACCACAUGAGCGCAGGUGCCGGAAUCGGAGUGACUAUUGGAGCAGCUGUAGGCCCAGUUGGUGCAGCAGUUGGGGCAGCAUUGGGAGCUGGAGUGGGAGCUGCAGUAAAUGUAUGCAGUACUCAAUGAGAGUCCGUAGCUAACAGUGCUGUACAUUCUACAAGUCGUUUGACUUUAUUAUUUCAUACUGAAAGCUUCCUCUAUAUACACCGACUAUACAAAACAUUUGGAACACCAUCUUAACAUUGAGAACUGAUAUAGAAUAAGAGAGUUAAAGUUGGCCUUGUCUUUCCAAUCAACUUGGACAAGGAUCUAAAGACAUUUUAAUUGGAACACUUCAGGGCAGCCAAGCUCUUCAGUCAAGCCAGAGAAUACCAGACAUUAGGCCUAACUCAUAUUUCCUCUCACAAUUUAAAGGAUAAAUUCUUGGACAUGUAUUUUAGCCAUCACUAUUUACAGCAUGAACAUAAAGAUACAUCUGGGUACUGCACAUUUGAGAGCGCAAAUUUUAUAUUUCCCUGAGUAAAGGUGAAAGUUAAGUGUAUUUCUGCCUGUCAGGCUAGAAAGCUAUAUGCUAAUGUAAGAUUAAUUGACAGUUGCAGUCACAGCUCCCAUUGCUGCCUCUGAAGCGUGUUAAAUGGAGAUUUACUAUUUAACCAUCCAUCUAAAAAAUAAAGGUCCACUGAAAAUUCCUCCCUGUUUUUGAACCCAUUGUUUUUAUAAGAACUAUCUCCUUAACUGCUUCCUUUCAGUGCUAACGUCUAACUAGUACAGGGUAUAGACAGGAGGAGAUAUAAGGUAUACAAAUGGAACAUUGGACAAUAGACCGUAUUUUGCUGGAUAGAACCCCACUGGACUAUCUACACUGAACACUUGGAGUAAGACAUCUAUAUGGUCAUCUUACUGUAGAGACAAGUCAUGAGAUAUGAGAGAUGGAAAGUAUUGUGUUUACCACAAGCCAUGUUGACAGGAAGACUGCAGAUGUAAAUUAGAUGUUAGCUAAAUCUGUUGCAACCUAUCACUUCUCACUUCUGAGACAUAUGUUUUGUCGUACAUUGUCCCUGUUCAAAUAAAGUUAAUAAAUACAAAUA